AUGAUAAGUGGUUUAGAGGUGAGGAAAGGCGAGAGAUUCGAGGCGACAGAAGAGUUGCCUUCACCAAGGACCUCCCCUUUUCUUUUGAAGAUUGAGGAGAAGUUUUUUGGUGCUGAUUUUGGUCUCUUUCACCGUUGCAUCUUUCGCCGACGAAUCAAUUCAAUUGAACCGCUUCUUUGUGUUGAACAUCGGUCAUCGUUAUUGAGGCAGACUCUUCUCAACAUAAUGACGACUUUUACACAGGUCUGCUCCUAUUUCCUCCUAUUGAUCAUCUCGUUGAGCUGUGUAAGCGGAUGUUUCUUGAACUCGUGUCCAUACCGAAGAUAUGGUCGAAAUGUUCGAUGCUCGACAUGUGGCAAAAACAACGAUGGAAUCUGUGCAACAGUGGGUCAUUGUUGCACACAUGACGAGUGUUUUGCUGAUACAAAAUGCACGCCGAAUGCCGUUUGUCCGGAGAAAUAUUGUAAAAUUGGUCACUUGACCGCUUUCUGUCUGGCUUCCGCUUUUUGCUGUACAAGUGUCCCGAAUUCCCCAACUCACCGAUUUGUCCUUGACUCGCUCGUGGUGGUGGCCUGGACGGUCUCCUCGGGA